AUGAGUGAUAAGAAAUACAAAGGCCAUCAUGGCCAUGCCAAAAAGGAAAAUACCAACAAAAGGCCCCCUCUGACCCAUUUCCUUUGCUUUCCACUAGUUAAUCAAUCUUCUGCCACCCAGCUCGCAAGCUCGUUAAAUGAAUUCAAAUCAAAAAUCCCGCUCAUAAGCCCCCCCGCUGCCAGCAGGGCAGAGGCUAGUGGGCAUGUGGUGCGCGUGCCUCUUGUUCCCGAUGAUGCGAUAAGGCCACUGGGCACUUUGCAUCUAACCUUGGGUGUAAUGAGUCUUGGAACGAGAGAGCGGCUCGAAGAAGCCCUGGGAUUUCUUCAAUCUCUAGAUAUCAACGGGUUGCUGCGAGAGGUGGAAACCGAAAUGGUGUACACUGAGGAUUCGGGGCGAGCUAGCAUUAUAGCAUCUGAUACCCCUUCACUGCCCCUGACGGUUGAUUUGACUUCUUUAAAAGCCCUUCCAAAUACCCGUUCUACGACAAUUCUUCACGCACAUCCGUUAGACACGACCUCCCGCCUUUAUCCACUCGGUGUCAAACUUCGCAACAAAUUUAUAGAGGCGGGGUUUAUGCACUGUGAAAUGAUCAAGGCCCCCAAGGGAACAAAAUCUCAUGGUAUAAAAAGUGCCGGUGAACGCAGUGAACCGGGAGAGAACUUCCAAGAGAAUACCCUUAUACAAACCGAGUGCCCUGGAUCGCAAAAGCAAGAAGGCUUGAUUCCAAGGCCUUUACUUCUUCAUGCCACAGUUGCCAAUACUAUCUAUGUCAAAGGCCGCCGGAAUCAACAAUCAAGAGGCAAAAGGGGAGAACAAUACAAAUUUAACUCAGCCGAAUUGCUUGCCGUGUUUGGAGAUCCACCCUCCCACUCUCGAGGGGACUCCCUACACCAGGAAGACUCUCAAAAUGAACUACACGACACAAAACAGCCGUUCGUCUGGGCAAAUGAUAUUGUCAUCGAUCGGGUAUGUAUCUGUGAAAUGGGGGCAAAGCCUGUUCUUGAUGACCCGACAAAAGGAGGCCCUACUUUGGGUCAGGCUUACAUACCUGUUGGAGAAAAAUAUUUUUUGGAAAGCUGA